UGCUUGUCUGCUUUGUGAAGUUGAAUUUUCCUUUUGAAGCGAAUAAAGCAUAAACUCAGAGAGUAUUCAGCCUCAGAUAGCACUUGCUUCAAAAUUUUUUAACCUUUUUAAACUUUCUUUUAAUAUUCAAGAUCCUUAAAACAAAAUUCCCAUUUCGUAAGAUUCAUAUUCUUCUUUCUUGUUGAAGUCAACAGUUUGUUUGUUUCUUUGGAAAAUGUUAUAGAAGGGUGAAAGUCAUGAUGGCUGGUGGUGUUGGUGGUGGUAGUGGUGGUGCUGGCGGCGGCAGAGUUGAAGUGAUAAGUAGCAAGGGAUGUUCACGGUUGUUUGUUGGGUUGUCUUCUUCUGUUCCUUCUUUUAGAGGCGUGCAAUCCUUUGAAGCUGUAACGUCUACUGCCUCCUCCUCUGUUGCCUCUGAAUCGCUGCUUCAGCUUCCCUCCAACGCUCCCUUUUCCGGCCUUGUGAUUUGUGUCACCGGUCUCUCCAAAGAAGCAAGGAAACAGGUCAUGGAAGCGACAGAAAGAUUGGGUGGCCAAUACAGCCCCGAUUUGCAUCCCCAAUGCACCCAUUUGGUAGUCCAGAGCUUCGGUGGACGUAAGCUUGAGCAUGCACUGAAACAUGGAUCAAGAAAUGGUCUCUUUGUUGUAACUCUUGGAUGGUUUGUAGAUAGUGUCCGAAAGAAUGUGAGGUUGAAAGAAUCACUCUACACUGUUAAGAGUAUUAAGGAAUAUGGAAUGCACUUGGACUACUUGAAUCGACUUCAAACAGGUGCUGACAACUCAUGUCUCCCAGCUGGCAUUCAUGAUGCAAAGUGGUUAGAUGUGAAUGCAAAACCAAAAAAGCAUUUCUCUGAAAGAGUCUCUAAUAGAAGCAUAGAUUCUACCCUAUCUGGCUACUCACUGUAUGUUGAUUCAGAAAUUUCAAAAGAACUUCAGAAUAAGGUCUUUGAGGCAGCUGCUAGAGAAGGUGCUACACUUGUAGAUCAAUGGUUUGUUGGUUGCAAUGCAAGUUAUGUAGUGUGUGAAGGGACCUCCGUCCAAAGAUAUCUUGGUCACUCUAACAACGUUGUCACACCUCUUUGGGUUCUGAAAACAGCAAAGGAGAAGAAUGUGCAGAGGCUUGUUCACAUGUCAGCUGAUUUGGCCAGGCAGGUUGGAACUAUGAUUGAAAAUCUUCAAAAUGGCACUGUCAGAGAGGAAAUUAAUGGUGGAAAUAUUCCUCAAGAUGCUAAGAGCUGUAUAAGUAAAGCAACCCAUGAAGAAAGGCAACAGAUUGUUAAUUUGGCUAAAACUGGUGUCAGAAAUCGGCGUAGUCGUCGUAUGCAGACUUGCCAAACCCCAAUACGUCCAUUAACCCCAAGCAGCCUUCUAGAUUCAAUAUGCUGGUCUGUCUCUGAGCCAACUUCAACUGCUUCUAUUUACACAGACUCUUUCAGUGGUGAGGAUGUUAGUGAACAUCAUUCAGCCAUAUUCUUUGAUGCUAAGGAGGAUGGCAAGGAUUCAGAAGCUUCAUUUGCUAACCUGACCAGAUUGCUCACAGAAAGUGAAAAAAGUGAAUUGAUAUAUAAAAACCAUUUUCUUACCAUACUCUUUCCUAUUGAUCGAUUUGCCGAAAUGGGGCCUUCUUCACGAACAUAUUUCAGCGAUAAUGGCUUCACAUGUUUGCAGGUGUUAGAUCAUAUCUAUGAAUUUUAUCAGGAGAACAUGUUGCCUCAUGAGAUCAUUUCAGCUAUUCACACUGAUUCAAGGCAUGCUGAUCGGCUACGUGCAGUGUACUCUAAUAAAGAGACAGUAGAGCAUGGUUAUGUAAAUUUUAAACGAAUUGAAUUCUUAGGAAGUCGUAAGAGUUUUGAGAUGUUGAAGCGCGUAAGUGGAGAUAACAACAGUAAUGUAUAUGAGCUUUUGCUUAGAGCAUGAUAUUAUCUUAACAGUUCGCCCUCCUUAUAUUGGUUUUGAGGCGAUGGUGCUGGUGGUGAUACUUGUCAGCUAAUCACAAUAAUCCAUGUGCCUCCAUUACUUACAAAUCCAUGCACUAAAAGUGAGGAUACAAAGAAUGAGAUAGUUCCUACUUUGUGUCAUAGAAAUAAUUUGUUUGUAUACAUGCUGCUUUUGAUGUGUGUAAUGAACAGAAAAUGAGUGAUACCAUCAAUUUUUUU